GCUCUUAAAAAGCAGGUGCUGCUUUGCGUUAUGGGUAUCCUGAGACCUGCUCAACAGCCAGCAGUCUCCUUCAGGGGCAGGGAAGGAAGUUUGAUGCCAAAGGAAAAAAAGAAAAGCCUGCAAGUGCUGGUAGGCAGCAGCGAGCUCAUAACAUUGCUGGAGCCGCGCCUUCAUCGCAGCUGGGGGCAGGAGGGAAUAGGGCAAUUUUCUUUGCAAAGGGCUGCUGCUUUGAAGCUCUCCAAAGCAGAAUUUUCUAUUAAUGCGAGUAUGCAUCUGAAAUAUUUUAUUUGACGUAAAUAAGGAAAUACACUCUGUACGUAUUUUAGGAGUCUCUGUUUCCAGUGAGACAUGUACAUUGUGAUAGCAAGAAGGAAAGAGAAGCUGCCUGCAUUUUUCUUUCCUUUUAGGGUGGUUCAUGUAAGAAUGUAGUGGCCAUUAAAGUAUUUCUGGCUCAAGCUUCUUUGCAUUGCAGAAAUACAUCCCCCGUCAGGGUGUCAUGCUACUGUGUCACCCCAGUGAUUUUGACCUGGAUUCUUCUGAUCACAGUCAAAGAUUUAAAACAAGCUAAAAAUAGGGGAGAGGGAUUUGUUUCCCAGCAGCAGCUGAAGAAACUUCUAACAUCCCUCAUGUAGUGAGGGAGGGCAGACACCCAAACACCUCAGUGAAGUCAAGCCCUAAACCCUUGGGUGUGCAGCUCUCUAUGUCUCGUUCCUGGAUGUCCCUGCCCUGCAUGUGGAGAGGUGACGGCACAGCAGGAUCGGUCAGAGCACCCGUAUGGGACACAAAUACUGUGCAUCAUAUUAACAACUUAGGCAGUUGCAGGAGAUUUUGGAGCCAGCAAUGUAGGUGCUUCUGCGCUCUGAAUUUUGGGCAUCUUUGCUGCAAUCUGGGCAAGAGGAGUGUGUCUUGGCAUACUUCAGUUAAGGCAGCAGGCUCUUGCAGUGUGAUCCUUGCAGGACAGCCCCUGCCCAGGUCUGCCCUGCAGAGUUUACACAAGGCUUGUGAAGUGGCGCGAAGCAACAAUUACUACCCGGGGAGCCUCUUCCUCACGUGGGUCAGUUACUAUGAGAGCCACAUCAACUCCGACCAGUCGUCGGUCAACGAGUGGAAUGCCAUGCAAGAUGUGCAGUCCCACCGGCCCGACUCGCCUGCCCUCUUCACAGAUGUCCCGACUGAGCGGGAACGCACGGAACGGCUAAUAAAGACCAAGUUAAGGGAGAUCAUGAUGCAGAAAGAUUUGGAGAACAUCACAUCAAAAGAGAUACGCACUGAGCUGGAGAUGCAGAUGGUGUGCAACCUGCGGGAGUUCAAAGAGUUCAUAGACAAUGAAAUGAUAGUGAUCCUCGGGCAGAUGGACAGCCCCACGCAGAUAUUUGAUCACGUCUUUUUGGGCUCUGAAUGGAACGCCUCCAACUUGGAAGACUUGCAGAACAGAGGGGUGCGGUAUAUUUUGAAUGUGACUCGAGAAAUAGAUAACUUCUUCCCGGGCCUAUUUGAGUACCACAAUAUUCGGGUGUAUGAUGAAGAAGCAACAGAUCUUCUGGCUUACUGGAAUGACACCUACAAAUUCAUCUCCAAGGCAAAGAAAAAUGGUUCAAAGUGCCUGGUGCACUGCAAGAUGGGAGUGAGCCGCUCGGCAUCCACGGUCAUCGCCUACGCCAUGAAGGAGUACGGCUGGAACCUGGACAGGGCCUACGACUACGUGAAGGAGCGGCGCACCGUCACCAAGCCCAACCCCAGCUUCAUGCGGCAGCUGGAGGAAUACCAAGGCAUCCUGCUGGCCAGCAAACAGCGCCAUAACAAGCUGUGGCGAUCACACUCGGACAGCGACCUCUCAGACCAUCAUGAGCCCAUCUGCAAGGCUGGGCUGGAGCUGAACAAAAAGGAGAUCACCAGCUCGGCCGACCAGAUCUCGGAGGCCAAAACCAACGACAACCAGCAGCCCAUGUCUCCCAUCUACUCAGCCGAGCUGGACAGGGAGCAGCAGCUCCCAGAGGAUGCCAACAUGAUCGAGGAGACGUGCGUGAAGGAGAGGAGGAUCCACCUGGAGUUCACGUGUAGAGACUUCCACGCUGAGCAGAUGGAGGACAAGCUGAACCUCAACAACAUCAACGGCUGUACGGCAGGGUGCUGCGUGGAUUCUGUCCCCACUGAUAACUGCCAUGCUUCCGAGGCCUUAAUGCAGCUCCAGCGCCCCUUGGAAAUAACGGAGUUCCCGGAUUUGACGGUGGACGACCUAGAAAAAGAUGCCCUCAAACCCGAUAUGAACGUGCACUUGGUCCCCAUGGAAGAAUUCACUUCGUGCUUAAAAGACUUCCCCCAGUCCCCAAACCAGAACUCCCUGAGUCUCCAGCAGAACGCCCAGCCCGAAGUGACAGACCUCAGCACAGACAGGAUUGAUUUCUUCAGCGCUUUGGAGAAAUUCGUGGAGCUUUCUCAGGAGAGCAGGUCACGCACCUGCUCCCACUCCAGGACAGAGGAGCAAGGGAGUGGCAGGAACGGGGUCCCCAGGGUGCCCGCGCUGGAAGUGCCCCCAGCUGCAGACGUGGGUGCAGAUGCUCGGAGGAACAGCUCUGGAAACUCCCCUCAGGCAUCCGAUGACUCUUCCACAGAUGAAGAGCAACAAAAGGAGGUCCCCGAGCUGCCUGGCGCAGGCCAUCUCACGCAGUCCCACUCCGAAAAUGCCAUUUCUGUGAAGGAAAUCAUCACGGAGAUCGAGUCCAUCAACCAGGGAGCAGCACCUGCCCAGCAGAAGGAGGCUUCAGCCACCGCCACCCAGACACCAAAGAGGACCACGGUGCACGACCUGCCAGUGGAGGCCCUUUGGGCAUCGGAAAGGGUGGAGCAGAGCGAGGGAGCCUGCGCUGGACACCAGGAGAAGGAGAGGGACCCUCUGCAAGCUGAGCGAGACGCUGCCCCCUCGCCGCAGCUCUCUUCCCGUAAGUCUGACCUGGAGGAGAGCAGCCCUGCGGGGGAGCAGCAGAGCUCCAACCCGGAGCCCAAGUGGUGCCCCGGCUCUGUCCGGCGAGCCACCUUGGAGUUCGAGGAGCGCUUGAGGCAGGAGCAGGAGCACCAGCACGCGCCCCCAGCCUGCGUCUUACCGACCCGCAAGAACUCCAGGAACGACUCCGCUGCUGCUGAGCUCCUGCCACGGGGGAAGACGGAGGAGCCACCCCUGGAGCUGGCUCCAGAGGACAGGGCACGGAGCGAGGAGCUGCUGCCCCCGGGGGCAGAGCAGCCUGCAGGCAGGCACCCACCCGCACCUCGUGCUAAUCCUGUGCAGGAGCCACUGCCCGCAGAGCCCAGCCCGGGGCAGGAGGUGCAAGAGCGCAGGACGGUGGUCUCGUUUGAUGGCACGGAAGAGCCAGCACUGCCUUCCCUCCUCCCCAAAAGAAUCGAAAUCAUCGAGUACACUCCCACGGUCAGGGCUGCGGAGCUGGCCACGGCCGCCCCUCCGCUAGAUGAAAACUUGAACCCUUCGUUGGGCUCCGAGAAGGCCCCGACCUGUCCCGGAGCUCCGACGCUGGUCAAUCUGUCACUGCCAGAGCAUGCGGUACAAAAGCAAGCCACCUCCACCCAGGGCAGCCCCAGCGAGGAAGGUGCUGGGCUCUCUCUUCACCCCGGUGCUGCUUCCCCCUCUGCCCAGGUGGCCAGUACGCCUUCAGCCAGCCCCGAUGGCUCGUCUUACCCCUGUGUAGUUCACCUGGAAGGCGUCACCGAGCAGAGCACGAGCACAGACACUGAGCCAGUGGCGCCGUGUGGCGCUGAGGGAGAUGCAGAUCUCCCGUUCAGGGACAGCAGCCAGCCUCCGUGCCGGGGCAGUGCUGGCUCCUCGAGGCAGCUGAGCGGCGAGGACUUAUCCAGCCACCGUGCCGAAAACAUGGACCUGCUGGACAUCUCCUUCCUGUGCUACAGCCUCCCCCACAGCUCCAGCAGCCACAGCGUGGAGGAGCGCAGCAACAGCCCCGGGCUGGUCAAGCAGCGAGCAAAGGAAAUCGAAGCACGGAUCCGGCACGCGGGGCUCACCACGCCUUCCCACAUGAAACGCUCCGCGUCCUUGGCCAAAUUGGACUGCCUGGACCUCUCCAAGGACGACUUAUCCGAGAGGCAGUCGGCCUCCUCCAACGCCCACCCCCCCGUGCUUCUCACCUGCGUCGCCCUGGGUCGAGGCUUCCGCGGGGGGAGGCUGGAGGAGGGCUUGGAGAGCCCGUGGGGGAAGCACCGCCUGUCCUCCCCGCCGGCCCUCGGGGAUCCCAAACCUGCUCAGCAUUUCGUAGAGCAGCUCAGAACAGCCGAGUGCAUUGCCCAGAGCAAGCCGGUGGAGCGACCGCUGGCUCAGUACGCCAAAGACUGUGGCUCCAGCCAGCAGAGCUCGGCUCCCGGCACGGCUCCGACGUGGACUACCUCCUCGGAGGGUCCUCCGCUGCUCCUGGACCCCUUGUCGGCAGCGCGGGGCCCGGCUGUCGCCCCCCGGCAGCAGCACGGUAGAACUCACCCCUUGAGGAGACUGAAAAAGACCAAUGAUAAAAAGCGGACAACCAAUCCCCUCUAUAACACGAUGUGAUCCCGAGCCCUCGGCUGCCAUUUCCUACAGAGAACCCGUGUGGUUGCGUUCACGCAAGGGGCAGGUGUAAUAUAAGGAUCAUGCACUUUAUGGGUUAAUUUUAUAUAUAUAUAUAUUGUCAUUUGACUGUUCCUGGCGCAUGUAGGUGUGGGUUGGUUCUUCUGUGUGUGACUCUGACUGCAGGACUGUUUGUUUUUUUGUUUUUUAUUUUUUUUUAUUAACUCAGAUAACCUCAAAGUCGUGUUUUUUUUUUUUUUUUUUUUUUUGGCUUGUUUUAAAAGAACACCCUUACCCAGCAACACGCUAUCGGCUCGCUUCGGCAAGGUGGAAUGUUGCUUAGAAGCAGGUCCUAGUCUCUGACUUGAAUUUUUUUUUCCCCAUGCCACGAAAUGGUGCUGGGCAGCUGGGUUGAGAGCCCACGUAACUGUGAAGGCUGUGCCAAGACCCCUUUGUUUGGCCUUUUCUUUUCUUUCUGCGAACUGGAACUGCACGGUGCUGGCAGGUCUCAUGGAGCUGCUCCAGGACCAGCCCCCAGGCUCGGUUCUGCUGGCGAGGAAUGCACAGGGUGGGCUCCGAGCCCCCCAGCACCUCUCAGCCCCUGCUUUUUUGGGGCCUCAGCUCCUCCGCCAGCUGCCCCAUCCUCUCUUACCCCAGCCAGAGCCUGUGAAACCCGGGUGUUCUUCUAAAACAAGCGCCUCGUUAGGGUGUGAACCCUUCCAUUACUUGAAUACUGCUGUGGGCCUUCCAAGUUCAUGGCCAUAUCAUCUGUCCUCUGCCCUCCUGCUGCCUCCCCUCCACCUGAACGCUGGUCUGGUCUCGUGCUGCCUGAGUUUUCCUCUCCCCCUGCCACGCUCACGGGCACUUCUGUUCGCUUCCCGACCCAGAGGCUGUUGGAGUUGUUACACGAUGUAUUCCCCUCCUGAAUGCAAAGCUUUGUCCUCUCUGCUGUCACUCCUACCACUCAACCCGGAGGGAAGAUCUUUUCUGGAAGUCUUUUUUCUUUUUUUUGCCUAAAUUGUACAUACGGUAUUUAUAUAGAUUUUUUGUUGUUGUUUCUAUUUUUUUUUAAGGGCAAGACUGCAUUCUGUAAACUGGAAAACAAAACCACCUAACUCACACUCAGUGCUGUUCCUUGUAAUCUGCACAGAACCGGAGUGGCUUUGACUUUGUGAGCCGUCUUCCCCUUCCAGCCAGUGAGCCUCGAGGCUGGCUUUUGCCAAAUGUGUCCCGGCCCCUCCAGUCCUGCCUUCACCCCUGUCACCCUGCUGCAGGAGGGGGUCUGUGCCUCUGCCCCUCUCCCUCCUGCCUGAAGCUGGGUUUCAGAAGUGCCAGGGGGACGUGGCCAGCCCUCCCCGAGCCAUUCUGCAGGUUCUUGCGGCGCCUGCUCCCACUUUCAGCUCAUUAUUUACGGUUCCCGAGCACUUUGGCUAAAUCCAAACUCCUCCUUUCCAGCCGUGCAUGUCCACAAAUUACCCGGCUGCUGUCGGGAGCAGAGAAAAAGGCACUUGAGGGCUGCAGGGGAGCUCUGGGUCCUGUCUGCAGUCCCGUGGCAGGGCUAUGGCAGGGCACGCACGGCGUGUCUGAGCUGGUGCCUGGCGCCGGCCCAGACCCGCUCCCAGGAGGAGCUCAGCAGUGAGAAGAUGCAGAAUGGCUCCAGCUGCUGAAAGCCCGGCACGGAGAGGACAUGGGGUGGGAGGAGCAGCGGACAAGGCCGUGCCUAGAAAGCAGCACCCAUGCUGCAGAGCCUUGCGGGCUCUGCUGGGCCGAGCUCAGCUCCAGCCGCAGAGGAGCAAAAAACCCCGGAGCGUGGCGGAGUAUUGGGAAGCAGCACAAAUCCCCACUGGGAGAGCUGGAGCCCUGUGGCAGGGCAGAUUUUGCAGUGAGCAAGGUGAAGUGAGCCUGGGGUGGGAUCCCACCUCCCUGCCCUCCUCUAGAUGAUCCGAGGGAUCCUUCGCUUCCUUGCCUGGGCUGGAGCGCAGCCCGGGGUGGCCCAGCAGGGCCCUGUGGGGGUCAGGUAGCACGGUGGCCCCAGCCAACUCCCUGCGAGUCACCCAAGGCCCUGAGCUGGGAGGCCAGCUCCUCCGGGACACAUUUGGCUUCUCCCAGACAGCUCCAGCUGGCUUUGGAGCCAGGCAGGCAGUGAGGAAAGGCCAAGGGCCUCGUGUCACCCGCUGAAGGGCAAUUUCAGCCCUCGCCUCCCCCACCGCCCUCCGCACACCCCGCUGCCCACAGGGGCAGAGGGACUGGGUGCCCCAGAGGGCAAGGAGCUGCUGGGGAGGGAAAGCCCUGUGUCAUUUGUCCCCUCCAGGAGCAGGCAGAUGAUGGUUUGGGGUUUUCUUCUUGCCCGAUUUGAUCUGACACCUACUUUUUGCAGACCAGCAGCGCUGCUUCCUCCCAAUACUCCGCUCCUCUCCGGGGGGAGCCGUGCCGUGCUGUCCCAGGGCAGGUCCCUCUCCUGCAGAGCGAUGAAAGCCUUGGGGGCUGGAGGCUCUGAACGCGAUGGCAGAAGGGGAGCGGGCUGGAGGGGCGCAGCGCAGGUCCUUGGCAAGUGCCUGGGCUCAGAGGUCCCUGCCCGGGGACAGUUGUCCCCUCUCCGUGCCGCUGGCUCACCCCUGGUCCCCGCGGCCACCCCAGUGCUUCCUGCGCCCCGCUGAGCACCACGGGGAGCAGCACCUUCCCCCAGGGAAGGAGCAGCAUCUCCAGAGGGCUCGGCAGCUGACGAGCCUCGCUGACAGAGGGGGGUUAGGAGAAACGCGUUGUUUUAAGGGCAUUUUUGUACAAAGCAGCUGUUCUGGUCUCUGGCGAAGCCCUCUCGGAGGACGCUUUGUUGUUUACAUUGACUCCUGUACAAUAUCUCAGCCAUUGCCUCCCCCCCAAACCCCCCACCUUGCCCGCCUGAUCUCCGGCUGUACUGUAACGUGUGAGCCUUGCACAAACGGAUAGCGUGUGCGUGAAUCUGGUUUUUACACUGCGUUCUGUUGCACUCGAUGGUGUGUGUGUGCGUGUGUGUGCGUGCGUCCGGUCUGCUGAGAAGUCGCCACCUGUACAGAUCUCUCCCCUUCGGCCCUCUCCCGGGGGGCACGGUCCCAGCGGGUGGCAGGAGGCGACGCCGCUUUGGGCUCCUUUUUGGGCUCGAAUCCGGGUGAGGAUUUUGAGCCAGGGCCCCGUGGAAGGGAGCCCGGUGGCACCCGGCACCGCUCGGACUCGGUGUGGGCACCGUGGUGCCGCUCGCCCUUGCCCUGGGAGCCCCGCAGCCCCACCAGCCCUACUGGGACGAGGAAUCCACACCUGCAGCGGGUCCCUGCUCACGGUGCCUCCUGCCUUAAUCCCGUCCUGGCUCUGCGUAAAGGGGCCAGAGCCCUGAACCCCUGCUGGCGUGGGCAGAGGUGGGAGCCGGGGUCGGGCUGGGCAGGGGCUUGGCCACCUUUUGGCAGUGCCACGAGCGGUGCCCCCAGCCCGGCCGCCCUGCAGACAUCUCCCUUGGCACGAAUGCGAGUGCCGGUGCCUUUUCUUUUCCUUCCUGGAGAUGCGAUGUCCGUGCGGGGUUUGUCGGGCUGGCUGUGGGGCAGCGAGCCCAUGGGGGCUGCAAACCGGGGAGGGGAGCAGAGUGCUGCCCUCGGCCCCUCCCGGACCUUCCGUGGUGGCUGGGAUCGUCCCUUUCCCCCUCUAGACUUAAGACCGAUGUGCUCAGCUGUUUUUAAAUGUGAACUUGUGCACUGAUGUGCAGAUUCAAUGUUCUUGUUACCGAAUGAAUAAAGUUUUAUUUUGACGAUGA